GAGUGACAUUCAACCAAUCAGCGAUCGCCAAUAUUCUACUAUAAAAAGGUUCCAGCGCAUCAAUAAACAAACAAACUGAAACUCCAGGUGGCUCAUCUUCACACCUCAGAGCCUCAGCAGCAUGCGUGAGUGUGUCUCAGUACACGUGGGUCAGGCUGGUGUUCAGAUCGGCAAUGCCUGCUGGGAGCUCUACUGCCUGGAGCAUGGGAUCCAGCCUGAUGGACAGAUGCCCAGUGACAAGACCAUCGGAGAAGGAGAUGAUUCCUUCAACACCUUCUUCACUGAGACUGGAGCUGGAAAACAUGUCCCCAGAACUGUUUUUGUGGACUUGGAGCCCACUGUCAUUGAUGAGGUGCGGUCUGGGACAUACCGGCAUCUGUUCCACCCUGAGCAGCUGAUCACCGGCAAGGAGGAUGCUGCCAACAAUUUCGCCCGUGGACACUACACCACCGGCAAAGAGAUCAUUGACCUGGUGCUGGACAGGAUCCGCAAACUGGUUGACCAGUGCGGUGGACUUCAGGGCUUCCUGGUUUUCCACAGCUUCGGAGGGGGCACCGGCUCUGGUUUUACCUCCCUGCUGUUGGAGCGUCUGUCUGUAGACUAUGGCAAGAAGUCCAAGUUGGAGUUCUCCAUCUACCCAUCUCCCCAGGUUUCCUCUGCGGUGGUGGAGCCCUACAACUCAAUCCUAACCACCCACACCACCUUAGAGCACUCCGACUGUGCCUUCAUGGUGGACAAUGAGGCCAUCUACGAUAUCUGUCGUAGGAACCUGGAUAUCGAGUUUCCUACCUACACCAACCUAAACAGACUGAUGAGUCAGAUUGUGUCCUCCAUCACUGCUUCCCUUCGUUUUGACGGGGCACUUAACAUCGAUCUGACAGAGUUCCAGACCAACUUGGUGCCGUAUCCUCGUAUCCACUUCCCUCUGGCCACCUAUGCCCCUGUCGUCACUACUGAGAAGGUUUACCAUGAGCAAUUAACCGUGGGAGAAAUUACCAACGCCUGCUUCGAGCCAGCCAAUCAGAUGGUAAAAUGUGACCCUCACCGCAGCAAAUACAUGGCAUGCUGCCUUUUGUACCGUGGUGAUGUGGUGUCCAAAGAUGUCAACGCUGCCAUCGCCACAAUUAAGACCAAGCACACCAUCCAGUUUGUGGAUUGGUGCCCCACUGGUUUUAAAGUUGGCAUCAACUACCAGCCUCCAACUGUCGUUCCUGGUGGAGACCUGGCCAAGGUCCAGAGGGCUGUGUGCAUGCUGAGCAACACCACUGCUAUUGCAGAGGCCUGGGCUCGGCUUGACCACAAGUUUGAUCUGAUGUACAAUAAGCGUGCCUUCGUUCACUGGUAUGUAGGUGAGGGCAUGGAGGAGGGAGAGUUCUCUGAGGCCAGAGAGGACAUGGCAGCUCUGGAGAAGGAUUAUGAGGAGGUUGGAGCAGAUUCUGCUGAGGGUGACAGAGAGGGAGAGGAUGAGGACGAGGACGAAUAUUAAAAGAAAAACAUUGAAAUCAUGGCUGGCAUGUCAGAUUUUUGUGGCACAUCAGCUGGAGGUCCUGUUGUUAAGCAAGUUUGUUCAUUAGUGUUUAGGUGAGGGUAUGAAGGGGGGAGAGCUUUUGUACUUUGAACUUCUGGUUGUAUAAAUAAAGUUCAUGUGGCAUAUGAA